UCCAGAGCUUUAACUGAAGCCGGAGUUCCCAACGUGCUUUGGGCUGAACCCAUGAUGAACUGCUAUACCAUCCCAACCAGUGUUUUCGGCACAGAUUUCAUUGUACCAGACCACCUGUUAUCUCAGGCAAAGGCAGCCCUUCUAGAGCAGGGGUUUACAAUUUGCAACAGAGGGGACGACUGCCACCUGAAUAGGCAGGAUGCUUACACAAUAAUUCCCGCUGAUCACGUCCAUUGUCCGUUGGACGCUAUUCGAGAAAUGACGGGUAUGGAUGACCCUGACAAUACCUCGGUGGUAAAGCUCCACAAGAAGUCCGACUAUCUCUGGACCUUUCCAGACAUUCCGAUAGGGCCUGCGACAGCUGGAGAUCGUUAUUACAUGGCAGCAGACGAUCCCCUUUUGCCUCAAGAUACGAUGGAGAAAAUAGGGCGAUUCGAGCCGGGAUUAUUUCCGGUCAAGAUUCUUCGCCCGACUAAGUUCUUUGAAGUGCUAUAUCUACUAUACUCCCGAGAC